AUGGCUCACCCACAAAUAGGCUACAAGGUGCAACAUCUAAUGUCAGACCUUAUAGAUAAAUACUUCCAAGAUCAUCUAGCACUAUCACAAGAAGAAGCAAAUGAUCUGCACCUCAAGUACUACCGCGAGUAUGGCCUUGCCAUCGAAGGUCUUGUCCGCCAUCACAAGGUCGAUGCUUUGGAGUACAAUGCUAAGGUAGACGAUGCGCUACCUUUAGAGGACAUCAUCAAGCCCAACCCGAAAUUACGGCAGCUUCUCGAAGACAUCGACAGGAGCAAGGUCAGGUUGUGGCUGUUCACGAAUGCAUACAUCACCCACGGCAAGCGGGUGGUGAAAUUGCUAGGGGUCGAUGAUCUGUUCGAGGGCAUCACCUACUGCGACUAUGCGUCCGAGAAAUUCUACUGCAAACCGCACGUGGAGAUGUACGAUAAAGCGAUGGCUCAAGCGGGUGUGACGUCAAAUGACAACUGUUACUUUGUCGACGACUCAUACAUCAACACAAGAGCCGCACAAGAACGGGGCUGGCACACAGCACAUCUCCUCGAUCCAGAGGACCCUGAACCAUCCGCGCGUGCUGCGAAGCACCAGAUCAGGAGCCUAGAGGAGUUGCGUACCAUCUUUCCCCACCUAUUCAAAAGCAAGUCGGCGGCAAAUGGGUCCAUAUAG